GCUACGCGCUGCUGGAGUCGGCUGCCGAGCUGACGGAGGCAGUGGCCUUCCUGCGCCGCCAGCAGACGCUGGGGCUGGCGGCUGAAGGCGUGCUGCUGGGCCGGCGCGGCCAGCUCAGCCUCCUGACGUUUGCCGCCGCCGAGUUCGCGUUCGUGGUGGACGUGGCGGCUUGCGGCGGCGCGGCGGCCGUGCAGCAGCUGCGUCCGCUGCUCGAGGCGGCCGACGUGCAGAAGGUGGUACACGAUUGCCGCGGCCUGUCCGACCUACUGGCGCACCAGUUCGGCGUGGGCCUGACCAACGUGUUCGACACGCAGGCGGCGGAGGUGCUGCUGUACCACCGGCAGCACGGCGCCAUGCCGGCCUACGUCAGCAGCGUGGCGCAUACGCUGGUGACUCGGCUCGGCUUGCUACCCAGACAGGUGUUCUUCCCGCACUUCCGAUUGGAGCGCAUGCGCGAGGACCAGCAGGUGUGGCUGAAGCGGCCGCUGGCCGAGCCGCUGCUCGAGGGAGCCGUCAAGAACGUCGUCUACCUGCGCGAGCUGCGCCACGUGCAGAUGGAGCGGCUGUUCAGCACGUUCGUUCGCUGCGUAGACGUCUACCUGGGCGCCGUGCGCGACGCGGACGACGAGGACGCCUCGGCGGCGCCGUACGAGACGCACCGCGUGCCGCUCGCGGUGCAGGCCGUGCUGGAGACGCCCCCGACGUGGCCCUCCCGCGCCUCGCCCGACUACGAGCAGCCCGGCCUCGUCAGCAACGUGCUGGUCGGCGUCGACGACGGCAUGCAGUUCACGCGCAACGUGUGGCGUUCGGGCAGGCCCUAGCGGCGCGGCUGACGGACGCGGCCCGCCCCACCACCGUCACCAGCUCCGGCGGCGGCGGGAGCGGCCCGCCCCACCACCGUCACCUGCUCCGGCGGCAGCGGAAACGACACGCCCAACCACCGUCACCUGCUUCGACGGCGGCGGGCGCGACCCGGCUCGCCACCGUCGCCUGCUCCGGCGGCGGCGGGCCACCUGCUCGAGCGGGCGGCCGCCUCGCCGGCCGUGGUGCCUCCGCUGCGAUGUGAUCGCGGCUACUUCGUAGCGAUGCGGCGGAUGACGCGG